AUGGAAGACCCAGGUGCCAUAAAUAUCGAUAACCUGGUCCGGUACGAGCCUCUUGUCGGCGAAAUCUUAGGCGAAGGCUCAACUUCCCGUAUUGCACGCGUGGCGCCAGGUGUCAUCAUCAAAUAUCCACGAUUCUCUUGGUGGCAUUCUAAGACAGUGGCCGAUAAAUGGUUCGUUCGAGACAUAAAGCAGAGUUUUGAGGUGGAUGAACGACUUCUACAAAUCCUAGGACUACAUCCAAGAAUAAUAGAGUUCAAGGGCAUCUCGGAGGACCCAUUUGGAUUGUUAUUUGCCGAAGCAAGCGAUGGAAAUCUACAAAACUACAUCGACCAGCACUAUACUAGCAUCGAUAUGUCUCUACGACUUAAAUGGCGUACACAAGCCGCGGAGGCGAUCCAAUUCAUUCAUCAGAAAGGUGUGAUACACUCUGAUCUUCGGCCUGAAAACUUUUUGCUGCACACUGUCGCCGGAAACGAGCUCGAUCUUCUACUCUGUGACUUUGGGGGGUCAACAAAUGGAGAAAUAGAUGGUCGGCAUCUCCCCGAUGCCGGAUUUUUCAAUCCUUGCCUUCCGCCGGAAUCGACGAUAAGCACGGAUAUCUUCAGCCUCGGAUAA